CGCUAGACGCUAAUUUGGUUAUAUGAUCCCACGACGCUUUCCAUCGUUUCAUCGACCUCAAUAUUCGUUUAUACUUUCGAUAUUCCUUCGCUCUCUCGUCAGCUUCUCUGCCAAUACCCACCACCUCGGUGCGAGCCUGUAACCACUUGCGAUGCGCAUUAUCAAUUGUAUCCGGAAGUGUUGACACUUGCAUGAGCGCUCAUCAUGUCAAACCUUCAUGGCCCCCGUGUCAAGGUUGUGGACAGAGGCGGCCUCCGGACAUUGUUUCGAUAGUGAAUCGUCGGCGCAUCAUGAGGAUGACAAGCAACUGCUUGGACGAUUGCCUCUGUGCAAGGCCGAUCUGAAACAAUAUCUUCUAUUGAGAUGUACAACACAGGGGCUAUACGUUAUAGAGCUUACGUUUCCGCUAAGCAAUGUGCUCUAUUCAACGCUUACUGAGAAAAUAGUCGUGGUCACAGGACCGGAGGUCGUCGACUUCUUUAAUUUUGAAGGUCAUGGGUCUGCUGCUAGCCUGGAGAAGCAUCCCGAGUAUUGCAGUCGCCGAGAGCUGUGCGGCGCGUCCGGACCAGACCUUCAGGAUGUAACUCCUCGUCGCCGCUUUAAAACACUAGAACACUUGGUUCCGCCUUCGUCUGCAACAUCAGCAGGGGUCCAACUGGCCGUUAUCUGCAAGGCGAGGAACUGCGCUAGCUUCACGCAGGUGACAGCACCCAUCCUAGUCUUGUUCAUGCAUUCGAACUAGAACAUCGAGACUAUCACUCCCUGCCGGAUACGCCAAUCCAGAUUCAAGCCCGACGGUGUUCUCAUCAUGACUAAUAAGUGGAACUCAUACCUGCGAUAUGCUCUCAUUUGAUCCACUUACUCUACGCCACGAGGAUCGGCGUCCCCAUGAAUGCAAGCUGCACUCCGGAAUCAACCCUGCGUUUCUGAUCCCAGUAGCGUACGCUCGCAUACGGGAACAGCCCUUAGCCUCCGGACUGCGGCUGUGAUGGUGUGAAGACGUUCAUGCCCAACCUGAGGUUACAAUUCUUUAUCUUCGUAGGUCAACGUAAGUUCGUAAGUCAUCUCAACAUCUCCAUAUCUCAAACCCGCGAGUUGCAGGUAUAUGAGAACUUCGCAGCUUGCUUGCUUGGUCAAAGAGUUACGUGCAAGAUAUAAUUCCUUCCUUUUUC